AUGUUUGAUUCAUCAGGGACUUGCACAAACAGAGACAUAAGCAUUUCGCAGAGCAGAUAUUCAUCAACUGGUAUACCCCAAUACGUAGUCCAAAUUGUGAACACCUGUGUUUCUGGUUGUGCACCUUCAAACAUUCACCUCCACUGUGGUUGGUUUGCCUCAGCAAGAAUAGUGAACCCAAGAACCUUCAAGAGGAUGUCUUAUGAUGAUUGCUUGUUGAAUGGAGGGAGGCCAUUGAGGACCAGUCAGAUUAUCAGAUUCACCUACUCAAACUCUUUCAUGUACUCACUUACAUUCAAAUCUGCCAAGUUUUGCUGA